AGUCGUCGCAACAUUAUUUCAACCUUAUCCAGCUAAUCUGAUUAAAUUUACAACUCAACUCCUAUGCAACAUGGAAAAGUUUCCACGAGCCUUUCAAUGGGGUCUACUAGCCAUACUAAUUCUUGGGGUGAGAUGCGAAAUGGAAUACGAGGACCCAUUAUUGGCCCAUAUCCCUGAAGUGAUUGACCGACUUCCCCCCUCCAAGUUAAGCGGUGAGUACUAUGGCGGGAUCCCGAUUAAUUUUGGAAACACGAUAACUCCACUGCAACUCAAAAAUACUCCGACCUCCCUCCGUUGGAGAGAAGAUAAGCCAGGGCAAUUCUACGUGUUGAUGAUGCUAGAUUUGGACGGACCAACGCCGGAAAAUCCUACAACUAGCCCCGUAAAUCACUGGAUGGUGGGAAAUAUUAAGGGUGGGAAGGACAAUUCUUGGCGGAGUGGAACAGUUUUGGCAGAGUAUUUCGGACCACGGCUGACGGAAGAAAUGGGCAUCCAUCGAUUCGUGUUCCUCGUAUAUGAGCAACCCUCCGGUGGAAAAAUCGCAUUUACUGAGACAUCCCAGUGGACCUAAUUUGGCACGGAUAAAUUUUGAUUAUCGCGCAUUUGCAAGAAAGUAUGGUCUUGGGGAACCGUUUGCUGUAAACUAUUUUCGAUCCUUUUUUGUCGCCGGGGAAUUUGAAGUUGAAGUUUGAUUAAAAAACGUCGAUAAGAAUACGUGGAAAACGGCUGAUGCAAGACGUUACAAGUUUUUGCUUUAAUAUGUAUAAUAAAUUAUUACAUUUGCAUUAUUAGGCAAUUUUUUUGGGGGUCGAGCAAGAAUGCACCCAGUCUAAGUAGCCAAAGUAAUAAAUUGCAUAUGUAAAAAAGCACGGCUAAUGCAAAUUGUUAUAAAAUUUGG